AACUGAACGUCAUAACACCGGAAGUACUCAAGCUGGAAAGGUUAAAAGGGACUUCUUUUAGCCGUCUCCCGUUAGCUUCUGUUUACAUAUGCUGCAAGUAUGGAGGUGACACGGAAAAAUUUUAAAGACAGUUUAAGCACUGUAAACAGCGCCAUAGAGGAAGCUGAUUUUCUAGCCAUUGACGGGGAGUUUUCAGGUAUAAGUGACGGUCCUAACGUUAGCGCGCUCACUAACGGACUGGACACGCCAGAAGAACGCUAUACCAAGCUCAAAAAGCAUUCCAUGGAGUUUCUCCUCUUCCAGUUUGGACUGUGCACGUUCAAGUAUGACCAAGCAGAAUCGAAGUAUAUCAUCAAGUCUUUUAACUUUUACGUAUUUCCAAAGCCAUUCAACAGAACUUCACCUGACAUCAAGUUCAUAUGCCAAAGCUCCAGCAUAGACUUCUUAGCCAGUCAGGGGUUUGACUUCAACAAGGUCUUCUGUCAUGGGAUCCCCUACCUGAACCAGGAAGAAGAAGCACAGUUGAGGGAGCAGGUUGAGGAGAGGCGGAGCCAGUCCAAUGGGGCCACGCCCUCUUACAUAUCCCCUUCCUCCAAGGGUCCCGCCCACGUCCCUGAUGAGCACAAAGACUUCAUCAACCGCGUGGUGGAGAAGGUCGAGGCUCUUCUCAGCAACUCAGACAAGACUGUGGAUCUGGAGCCUUGUACUGGGUUUCAGAGGAAGCUGAUCUACCAGACGCUCAAUUGGAAGUUCCCUAAGGGCCUGCACGUGGAAACCGUGGAAACGGAUAAGAAGGAGCGCUACAUCCAGAUCAGCAAGGCUGAUGAAGAGGAGAGGAGGAGGAGGCAGCAACAGAGACACGAGAGGGAGCAGGAAGAGCUGAAUGAUGCUGUGGGUUUCUCCAGGGUCAUCCACUUAAUCUCCAGAUCAGGAAAGCUGGUGGUUGGACACAACAUGCUGCUGGAUGUGAUGCACACCAUCCACCAGUUCUACUGCCCCCUGCCUGAGGACCUGAGAGACUUCAAAGAGGUCACCACCUGUGUUCUCCCCAGGUUGUUAGACACCAAGCUUAUGGCCUCCACUCAUCCCUUCAAGGAACUCAUCAACAACACUUCUCUGGCUGAGCUGGAGAAACAGUUGAAAGAGAGCCCCUUCAAGUCCCCCAGAGUUGAGACAGCGCCUGGUUUCCCUAGUUACGACACGUCUCAGGAGCAGCUGCAUGAAGCGGGCUACGACGCCUUCAUCACCGGGCUCUGCUUCAUCUCUAUGGCCAACUAUCUAGGCACGUUCCUGACCCCCCCCAAGGCUCACAUCGGCUCUCACUCCAAACUCAUCGAACCCUUCUUCAACAAGUUAUUCCUGAUGAGGAUAAUAGAUAUUCCCUACCUCAACAUCAGCGGGCCAGACUUGCAGCCUAAGAGGGAUCAUGUACUGUACGUCACCUUCCCUAAGGAGUGGAAGACCAGCGACCUCUAUCAGCUCUUCAGUGCCUUUGGUAACAUCCAGGUGUCAUGGAUAGAUGACGUGUCUGCCUUUGUGUGUCUGAGUCAGACUGACCAGGUUCAGAUAGCCAUGAACACCAGCCGCUAUGCCGAGAGCUACCGUAUCCAGACGUAUGCAGAGUACGUCCAGGGGCGGCAGCAGGAGAGGCAGGCCCAGGGAGGGGGCUCCUCCUGGGGUGCAGACGCCUGGGUCCGACCCUCCACUGCACCCUCCUAUGGAUACACACAGCACAGGACCCCAGGGAAGCGCAGCAUCAGUCCAGUCCAGGAGGACGACACACACGACUGGAGCCUGCCCUCCUCACAAGGCAGCAAGAAGAUCAGGACUGACGGUACUCACUCACUCACACACACACACUCCUCCUCACAGGGCACCAAGAAGAUCAGGACUGACGGUACUCACUCACUCACACACACACACACACACACACACUCCUCCUCACAGGGCACCAAGAAGAUCAGGACUGACGGCGUGGUGGACAGCAAGACGACAGAAGGCUGGCUUAAUACCACGUCGCCGUCUGAUUUGUCGGGGACAAGUCCAACUCAGGAAGAGGAGAGUCCUGAGGCCUCUCAGCCCAUCAGUGAGACGGGGGCGGUCGCCUGGCAACAGCAACCCCCUGCCAAUCAGCAACCUGCCAAUCAGAAAAGGAAGGGUCGCAAGAACCAGAAAAAGACGGAAGUAGAAACAGGUCCUGAAGCUGCUCCUCUGUACGACGUGCCCCAGGUCUGGUAGGAGGGCCUGGGCACCACCUGCUCUGCUGAUGGACCGUGAGUCACCCUGGAGACCGUUCCCACGGCAGUCGCUGGACCUGUGCAGCAGGGGGGACAUCCCAUAAUGAAGCCAUGUGUAAAUGACAGCAACAGUCUCUCACCAUUCUCUCAGACAACACAUCACCAAGGCUUUUUAACCAUCUGUGUGUGUGCGCGUGUGUGACCAGAUGACAGCACUUAACUGGUCCUGUGGUUUACACGUUUUUGUAUUUCAGUGUGUGAUAUAUUUUUAUUUUAAAGUCUCCGCCCACCUUCGCCCAUCAAUUCUUUUUUUAACGUGUUUAUACCCUGUGAUCUGGUAGCUAGUCGUCCUCAACACAUCAUAAAUGUUUAUAUUUAUUCUUGGUGUAAACCCCAGGCACAACCAGUCUGAUGUUCAACCCAGCUGUUUACUUGUUUAUUUAGAAGUCUUAUUUUGUUUUUUGUACGUUCCCUGUAAACUGUGUCAAAGAAUGUUCCGGUGAAAAAUUGUCAUUUUUUGUAUGACGCGGUAUAAAGUGUCUAAAAUAAUAUUUCCUUACAUUGAAAGGAAAAAUAAAAAUGUUUCUUAGCAAA